AUGGGCUUCCAAGAUGAAUUCCAGGCUUCUCUGGAGGCCAUCAACGUUCAUUCCGCACAACUCCUUCAGUACCUCAAGACCAACCGACAACCAGAGGCUGAUGGCUCUGGGUUGCCCCGCGACCCGUUCGACGCUGCUCCUAAGUCAAUCAAGAUCUCAAGAAAGAAGUUCACAGAGGCCUCAGCAAGCCUUGUUGGACUAGGCACUCGACCUGAAGAGUACUUGGAACAUCUGCAGAAUGGCUACCAGGAACUCACAUGCGUCAGGUGGCUCAUCAACCUCGACAUUCUCGAGUACAUCCCCCAGAAUGGCGUGAUCAGCUACAAUGACCUGGCGGCAAAGGCUCGAGUGCCUUGGAGCCAGCUCCGUGCUAUCACCCGCAUGGCUAUCUGCAACGGGUUCCUUCAAGAGCCCAGGCCCAAUGUCGUCGCUCACAGUCGCAUUUCUGCCCUCUUCGCCCGGGAUCAGAGCUUCCUCAACUGGGCUCGAUGGAUGGUCAACUAUUCAGUUCCCACUGCCUACAAGUUGCCAGAGGCUACCAAGAUGUGGGGAGAGACGUCCGCCAAAGACCAGACGGCGUUCAAUUUGGGCCUGGAUUCUAAGCUGCCUUUCUUCGACCAUUUGCGUCAGACUCCCGCAAUGACGGAUCUCUUCGCUGCAUAUAUGCGUAACGUCGCACACAACGAGACAUGGAGUCUGCAGCACGCAGUCGAUGGGUUCGAUUGGGCCGCUCUUCCGGCUGGCUCCAAAGUGGUCGACGUUGGUGGAUCGCACGGUCAUUUGAGCAUUGCUAUUGCAUCCAAGUUCCCUCACCUCCACUUCAUCGUACAAGACCUGCCAGAGUCCGUGUCUACGGCUCGUACGGCUUUCGAGGCUGAUCAUCGGCUCGACGCAUCUGUCAAAGGCCGCAUAAGCUUCAUGGACCACGAUUUCUUCGGUCCUCAGCCAGUCAAGGAUGCCGAUGUAUACCUUCUACGCAUGAUCAUCCACGAUUGGCCAGACAAAGACGCCAAGAAUAUUCUUUCCAACAUCCAAGCCUCGCUGAAGCCCGGUGCCAAAGUGGUCAUUAUGGACACCAUCCUCCCGCAACCUCGCACCAUUCCAGCUAUGCAGGAGCAGCAGCUGCGCAUUCGAGAUCUUACCAUGAUGCAGGUAUUCAACGCCAAGGAGAGAGAACUUGACGACUGGAAAGCUCUUGCAAGCACCGCUGUGCUGCAGAUCACAAACGUCCACCAGCCUCAUGAAAGUGUCAUGGGUUUGAUCACACUCGAAAGUGCUGCUCCUCCCAGCCCUCCGCAUGUGCCUGUUCAAACUGUACCAGCUGUCCCAACCGCCAUCCCGUCCAACGUCAUUGUCCAUCCUACCACUGCCGACAAGCCGGUGUUGAUCAUGGGAGCCGGCAUCGGGGGUCUUUGUCUUGCGCAGGCUCUCAAAAAGGCAUCCAUCCCAUUCCGUGUCUUUGAGCGCGAUCAAGCAGUCGAUUCUCGCCCUCAAGGCUACCGCUUGAAGCUCGAAGCCGACGCUGCCAAAGCUCUCGAGGAAAGCUUGGACACGGACACAUAUGCGGCUUUUGUUACCUCUUGCGCUGUCACCACCAUUGGUGAGACCGACUUCAAUCCGUUCAACGGCAACAUAGUCCACAGCCGUGCUGGCGGUGGCCUUAGCGGAAAGAUGGGCCUCUAUCCUAGCUUUACCGUUGACAGACGAGUCUUCCGCAAUCAGUUGAUGAGUGGCAUUAAAGACAAAAUCACCUUUGGCAAGGAGAUGGUCUCGUACAUCACUGACGAAGCCGAUGGUACCAUCACGGUCUCGUUCAAGGACGGCUCAUCCAUUGAAGGAUCAUUCCUCGUUGGUGCCGAUGGCCUGCAUUCCGUUGUGCGGAAGAAUCGCCAACCCAACCACCCUCUCGUCGACACUGGCGCCGCCUGCAUCUACGGCAAGACUGUCAUGACACCAGAGCUGCUGCAGCGUUUCCCAGAAAAGGGGCUCCGCUGGAUGACCGUGGCCUCCGAUUCUGCGCCUAUGUUGCAAUCCUGUCUCAUCGGCGAGAGCCCCAUCACCGUCCUCAUCGAGCCCAUUCGCUUCAGCGCGGAGACCAGAAACCUUCACCCAGAGCUCCCCGCGGACUACGUCUACUGGGCUCUGAUCGGCCGCAAAGAACGCUUCGACCUGCAAAUCGACGCUGACGUUUCCACUGCCAAAGUCUCGGGCACAGCAGCAGACUUGUCGCUUGCCGUCACCGCCGAAUGGCACACAUCACUUCGCUCCCUGUUCGAACUACAAGAUCGCCGUCAAUCCUCGAUGAUGCGUGUGGCUUCGACCGUGUGCGAUAUCCCCGCUUGGCAGCCAACUCCCAAUAUCACGGCACUCGGUGAUGCCGUUCAUCCUAUGAGUCCCUGCGGUGGCGUGGGUGCGAUGACUGCUCUGUGUGAUGCCGCAGCGCUUGCGAAGAUCAUCAAAGCGGGUUUGACGACCGAGCUCAUGGGAAAGUUCGAGGCUGAGAUGAGGAAGCGGGCGUGGAAGAGUAUCAAGCGGAGUGAGAUUGGCAGCAAGAAGAUGUUUGGGCAGAAGGAUCUUGUGGAUUGUCCUCCUUUCCAGCUUUAA